ACUCCCACAAUUUUUCUCGCCUAAUCCGAUCGAGACCGUUCCGUUAAAGCUACCAUGUAAUGUUUACUUCUUUGGAACAACGGCGUGUCCUCCUUGGUUAACACUGUUGGAGAUUGCAGAUGCGGAAUCUAAUGUCGAAUAAAUCACCUUUUCCCGGCGAGACAUUCGUUAAAACCACGGAAAUCUAUUUGUAUCGGCGGUAUUAGUGGUUCGUCCUGCGGUUCGUGUGCAUGAUGGCGAUGUUCCGCAGUUUUGUGUCCGCUGCUCAGCUCAGGCAGCAUCAGCAGCAAAAUGGAGCCGCAGCAGCCGCACCUGGGGAAAGCCUGGAAAGCCAGUUCUCCUGUCCCAUCUGUCUGGAGGUCUACCACAAACCUGUCAGCAUCGCAAGCUGCGCCCAUACGUUUUGUGGUGACUGUCUACAGCCAUGUCUGCAGGUGACGUCACCUCUUUGUCCCCUCUGUCGCAUGCCUUUUGAUCCAAAGAAAGUGGACAAAUCCUCUAGCGUGGAGAAGCAGCUUUCUUCAUAUAAAGCACCAUGCAGAGGGUGCAGCAAAAAGGUCACCCUUGUAAAAAUGCGGUCACACAUUUCAUCUUGCACAAAGGUUCAAGAACAGAUGGCCAACUGCCCAAAGUUCAUGCCUGUGGUGCCCACCUCACAACCCAUUCCAAGCAAUAUUCCAAACCGCUCCACAUUUGUUUGCCCGUACUGUGGAGCUCGCAAUUUGGACCAGCAGGAACUAGUAAAGCACUGCAUGGAGAACCAUCGCAAUGACCCCAACAAAGUGGUGUGUCCAGUUUGUUCAGCUAUGCCUUGGGGCGACCCCAGCUAUAAGAGCUCCAACUUCUUGCAACAUCUUCUCCACCGGCACAAAUUCUCCUAUGACACAUUUGUGGACUACAGUAUUGAUGAGGAGGCAGCACUGCAGGCAGCACUGACCCUCUCACUGUCCGAGAACUGAGAGACUCGCAUCAUAUCCUGUUCCACCAUGUCAAAGAUCUUCUCACCCGUCUCAUUUUAGGCUAAAAACUAUCGAUCGUUCCUCUGUUUCACUCCUCUCACUCUACCUCUUCUCUGCUCUACAUUUCCAAGCUACACCCCAGCCAGAUCAUAAAUUACUGUAGCUCUCUAGCUUGUUUGCCAGUCGUGAAGAUUUGAGAAGGCUUGUCGCUUCCUGUAUUUGAAGGGAACCAUCUGAACAUCAGCCAACAAUACAAUGAUGUAUGCAAAAAGGUCAGACGAGGAAUUAGAUCAGUGUCACCAUUGCUGGUUCUUGCUGUUGUUUUCUGUGCCACAGACCCUGGAGAUAUGGUACAGAGAGAUCCACGCUCGACAGUGUCAUGUUAUCAAAAGCGUUAAAAAAACCUGAACUUUGUUGCGAAAAGUGAACUCUCAUCUUUAGGCAAUACCAGUACAGAAAAGAGAGAAUAAGCUUGGUUAUCACUCAUUUUUCAUCCUUUAUGGAAUGCUGAAUAUCAUCUGACCUUUUUUUUAAAAGCAAGAGUUGAUGUGAAUACUUGCACUCGUCACCGUUUUCUACACAGCUGAAUUCUAGUGUCAUUGUUCUUUUAUAGCUCAAUUACAGAAUAUUGACUGAUGGGACUCUGCAUUUAACUUGCUACAGUAAUAUUUUCUAAGGAGCAUAAGAUACGAUUCAAAUUUAUAUUUUUGGAAGAAAAAAAACACAUCAGUUUUAAAUGGUGCACUAAUAAUAUAUGACAGCAAGCUUCUAGUGGUGUGCUGAAACAUUUAAUCUUCUUUUAAUGUGUCCAUUUGUAGUGUUCAUCAGUAUCGCUCACUAGUGCUGACAAGUCUGGUGAGACUUCUUGUUUUAAAGUAUAGUUCAGCCAAAAAAGAAAAUUCUGUCAUUUAUUCAACCUUGACUUGUUCAAAACCUCUGAGUAUCUUUCUUCUGUUCAAAAGGUAAAAAUAUUUUAAAAAAUACUGCUUGCUGGACUCAAUUGACUUGGAAGAUAACCCCUUUCAUAAAGUGAUGAUAUCCAGAAAAAAUAUCCAGAAAAUUUCUGUAACGACUUUAACGGUAAAUUAAAAAAAGCAUGGUUCACACAUUUUUUCAGAAAAGACUGUUCACGCAUCCAACCCAAAAAACUGGUAAAUUCUGAUAUUAUUAACUAUAAAUGGCCUCUAAACAGCUGCGCUUGUAUUUGUAAAUAUAAUAGAGUUCAGGCUUUUGUUGAUGGUUUCACUUUUGUUUAAAGCUUUAGCAUUCAUGUAGCUGCUUUUGUCGCGAGAUGUCCAAAGGCAGAAUUGCAACCACAGCUAAAUAUUUUCACAUUUGACUACAUUAUAAAUUCUGUGGAUGAAUAAAUACUGUGAACAACUUCGAUGUAAACAUAUGGAGGAACACUUUCGCAUAUUUAUAUGUGCUCACCAGAGCCCUCAUUCACGUACACGAGUGCCAUGCUUUCUUCUAUUCAGAAGAUAUAAUUUUAUAUCUUGAUAUAUUUUGAAAAAUGCUGCUUUCUGGACUUGGAAGUCGAUAGCCCCUUAUACAUAGUGAUACCUAUAAAUAUAUGAAAAUUUCCGGAGCGACUUUACCAAUAAAUUUAAAAAGCGCUGUUAACACAGACAAGAACAUUCUGGGAUUUCUCCAGAAAAGACCAUUCACACAUCCAUUACAAAAUACCAGUAAAUUCUGACACAAUUAACCAGAAACGGCCUCUAAAAGGCUGCGCUUGUAUAUUUAAACAUAAUUGGGGUCAGGCUUUUGUUUAUAGUUCACUUUUAUCUAAAGCUUUAGCAUUCAUGUCGCUGCUUUUGUCCCAGAGUCAUCUAACGACAGAAGCGAGAACCACAGCUAAACAUUUACUCAUUUGACAACCUUACAAAUUCUGUUGAUGGAUAAGUUUUGUGAACAACUUUGAUGUAAACAUAUGGAGGAACACUUUCGCAUGUCGAAAUAUACUCAUUGGAGCCCUCCUUCACAUGCACGAGAGCCACGCAGCUAAACACAGGGCUUUCAUGUAAACUCGCAAGCAUUUUAUAGAUAUUUCUUUUCCACAGUUGGCAUUAAUAAUGAACAUAAAAACAUGAUCUGUAGGGAUGCAUGAUAUAUCGGCGGCCAUAUCGUUAUCGACCGACAAAUGCUAUUUUCAAUGUUAUUGUUAUCGAUCCGAUAUUAAAAUUAGGCCGAUAUCUUUAAACCGACAAGUUAGUUAAUUGUACAGAACUGCCUGUCUAGCACUUGCUUGCCAUGUGUUAUUGAUGUGAGAUUGUAUUCAGUUUGAUCAGCAUAUUUAUAAGGAUUAUAAUGGCUAUCACCACGCACACACAUAGUGACUAGUGAGUCGUCAGAGUCUUCACAGCAGCAGGGGAGACAUGUGCCAGUCACUGAAUCCAGCAUAGGGGUUCUUAACUGUUCGCCACAUUCUGUCUUUACAUUAUGCAUUGUGUUUGCCAAAUCUUAGGAGUUAUCGGUUAUCGAUAUCGGCCAAAAAAAUCCAUAUCGGUGCAUCCCAAGUUAUCUGACUAACAACUAGCAGCUAAAUGUGUCUGGAAAUGCAUUCAAAUGCAAAAGUGUUUAUUUUCAUAAACGGCACGAAUGUGUAUGCGCCUAAGUGUUGGCUGGAGGAGACCUCUCACGUCAGUGUGAUUUUAAAUGUAAACACACUAUUUCUGCCAUAUUUUAUUCUACGUUCACACAGAGCAGCAUUCCAGCAAAUUACUUUUAAUGUUACAACUUAUUUUUCCAGAAUAUUGCUGGAAUGCAUUUCUGGUAUUUUCUAAAAGGGCCUGUUCAUACAUGAUCUCUUUUCGGAAAAUUUAUGGUAAUUUACCCAGAAAAGUGGGAAUGUUUGAAAAGGGCUUAUGGUUUCCAGCAACCAGCAUUCUUCAAAAUAUCUUUUCUUUUGUGUUCAUACGAAGAAAUGAACUCAUUUAAACCACAUGAGGGAGAGUAAACAAUGAGGUUAUUUUCAUUUUUGAGUGAACUUUAUGAACUUUAAUGCUAUUUGGAAUUAUGAUACACAGAUAAUUCAAUGGAAUAAAAAGGAAAUGUUAGGGAACGGUCUUUGGUCCUCUGGAAUUAAAGAGAAGAUAUUUAUUUUAUCUGUAAAAUAAGCAUGGAUUUUAUCAUUUCUGUGCUGCCACAGAGAAUAUUGUGAAACAUAGUAUUGUUUCAUAUAAUGACCACUAAAUGGUCAAUGAUUGGUUGAUUGGAAAGGGCUAGCAAGCCAAAUUGUAUUAAUGUAAUUCAAAAUUAGGAUGUAAAUGAAUACUGUAUUCACAAUUAGAUUAUUGUGAGCAAUACCAACUAGUUGCCCACGCAUUUACUAAUCUGAACAUUCCAACAUAAUAUGAAGGCACCAAAUGAUUAAGAGAAAGUAUUAAGAAAGUUCCAGGAUGUGGAAGAGUGUGCUUUUGUAAACUUUGGCCACAACGUGUUCAAAGUCAGAGUGCAAAUUAGGUUUGUUGCCUUUUACUACUGCUAUUAAAGGGUUUCUCUACUUUGUAA